AUGAGCCUCAAGAGAGCGGCGCGAGUCAUCCUCAUCGGCGCCCCAGGAGUUGGCAAAGGCACACAGUCGGAACGACUUCUGCGCCGCUUUCCCCAGCUCUCAGCCAUCAGCUCCGGAGACCUGCUCAGGGACAAUGUCAGGAACAGGACGCCCCUCGGCAUCAAAGCCGAAUCCGCGAUGCGCGCCGGCACCCUCGUCCCCGACGACAUGAUGGUGCGUUUGAUCCUCAACGAGCUCCAAACCCGCGGCUGGCUACUCUCGCCCUCCUCACCCUCUCCAUCGCGCCUCACUCUCUCCAGCAACUCCUCCUCUCCCUCCUCCUCCUCCGACUUCAUCACCCCCACCGCCCUCUCCGCCGCCUACCCCACGCCCCAACCCUCCGACCUCCCCAGCGCAUCCUUCAUCCUCGACGGGUUUCCACGCACCGCCGCGCAAGCCGCCGCCCUCGACACCGCCAUCCCCAUCAACCUCGUCGUGUCCCUCUCCACACCCCUCGAGAUCAUCCUGUCCCGGAUCGCCGGCCGCUGGGUGCACGCCCCGAGCGGCCGCGUCUACAACACGACCUUCAACCGGCCCAAGGUCGACGGCCGGGACGACAUCACCGGCGAGCCGCUAACCAAGCGCGACGAUGACGACGAGCACGUGUGGCGCGAGCGCUUGCGGAAAUUCGAUGAGACGAGUAGGGAGCUGGUCGACCAUUAUCGAGCGAAGGGCGUCUUGUGGGAGGUGCAAGGCGCGAGUAGUGAUGAGAUCACGCCGAAGCUGUUUAGGGAGUUCGAGAGGAGGUUCGUGGAGUAG